CAGCCACAGAGGAAAUGCCUACUGCCAUGGGAACCCCUGCCCUGCUGUGGAUAGCUCUGUUGCUCUUCUCUCCAGAUGGCAUAUCAGCAGCCAUCUGGAAAUCUAAGGUAUCCUUGAAUCCCCCAUGGAACAGAGUAUUUAGGGGAGAGAAUGUGACUCUUACAUGUAGAGGGAACAAUUCCCUUGAAGAUGACUCCACUUUGUGGAUCCACAACAAAAAUCCUUUGGAAGUAAAAACUUCACGUUGGGACAUCGUGAAUGCAAGCAUCCAGGACAAUGGGGAAUAUAGAUGCCAAAACAAAGGAGUUAUCAUGAGUGAACCUGUGUACCUAGAUGUCAUCAGUGACUGGCUGCUCCUUCAGGCCUCUGCUGAGAUGGUGUUGGAGGGUGAGCACCUCUUCCUCAGGUGCCACGGCUGGAGGAAUCUGAAUGUCUACAAGGUGACUUACUUCAAGAAUGACAAAGCCCUUAAAUACUGGUAUGAGAACCACAACAUCUCCAUUACCAACGCCACAACAGGGGACAGUGGCACCUAUUACUGCAUGGGCACAAUUCAGCAGAUACGCUAUACUUCUAAUCACCUCAUCAUUAAAAUUCAAAAAGGUAAUGGUAAUAUGCAGCCAGUGCUGAGAGCCAUCAGUCUAAGUGAUCUAUUCCACUCCAGCUCCCCAAAGCAAAUAUUUCUGGCUACAAUUUCUUAUCCCAUUGUUGGUGAAGAUUCUGUUUGUUGUGGACACAUGUUUGUUUAUCUCGACCCAGCAGCAGUUCACAUUUCUCUUGAAGAUUAAGAGAACCAGGAAAGGCAACAGACUUAUGGACCCACAGCCCAGACCAGAACCCCCAAAGAACUGAUGUUACUGCUCAAGAAAUAUCUGCAAUAGCAAUUUCUUUCUGGCAUUAGCAAUUGCUUCUUAAUGGUUAAACACAGCUCACAAGGUACCAAGUGCUCAAGGCUUUACAGAACUGCUUCAUUAAACCAAUCAAAACUGGUCAAGUGACAUGUAAUAGUAA